AUGCUAGAAAAGUCUGUUUCGAUGGCCAAGUCCAUAGCAAAUGACAUAAUCAUCCCAGACCCUACUCCCCAGUGGGUGUGUGAUAUCUUCUUCGACAAAUACGCCAAAUUGGAGCCCAUCUUUUUGAAGGAUAGUGUCCAGUGCUUCCUUGGAUUAUUCAAGAGCUGUGGGGGCAGGGGCAUGUCAUGGAAUCUUACCAUCACUGCACAAACCUUAACCUUCAUGAUCAGUUUCAAUGCCCUGCAAUGUGCACAACUUGUAUUGGAGGGCGAGGCACUUGAGCUCCGUGGGAUGCACGCCAAUCCCAACUGCAUAAACAAAUAUGGAUACUUCCCGCUCCACGAAGCUGCUGAAAGGUUCUCUGUUGACAUGAUCAAGCUACUUUUACGCCAUGGUGCAUCAGCCAAUGUACGCACAGUUGGCAAGGAUAUCAUUGAGGAUCUACUCCCGCUCCAUGUCGCAGUUGAGAAUACUUGCCUGCAUAAGUAUUUGGAGGACAAUGUUUCUCCCAGCCUGAAUCAUCUGGAUUAUAUCUACAAUCUUAUCCGUCUGCUGUGUCUACCUGAAAUGAAGAUCUUGGAUACAACUAGACUGCUUGCAGAAAAAACAAAUAAUCUACUUGGAGAGCUCUGGAAAUACAUUGAGGAUGGAAAACUUACCCGGUCUGCAAUUCUACUGCUGGCCGCUCAAGAUCAGAUCUGUGGAGGCUGUUCAUCCAGUAGUAAGAAAGAUGGGUUUGACAUCAUCAAGAGCAGUAUACUGAGGCUUUCAUUUACCUUGAUAUGGGGGAAAUGUUCAAAUGAAAUGCCACAGAAGCUUCUGGACGAAAUGAAGGCACUUUAUUGCGCAGGUCUGCUUGUUGAUGUAAUUUCCCGUGUCGGUGAACCUCUUUCUGCAUACAUUCAAGCACAUUCAGAGGUGCCCCAUGAGAAGGUCUUGGAACAUGUUUCAUCUAUCCUCAAGGAGUAUGGGUUUUGCCCUACUGGAGAUUCCAUGGACACUUUAAACCUCCAGCCUUAUGACUGCAAAAAGUCGGACGGAGAGUCAUGCGGGUCUACAGAUGCAAACAGGGCAGCUACGAAAACGGCAAAUCUGCAUGCUGCAAAGAAAAAGGCUGCGAGAAAGGAAGUAGGUGGUGGAUGGGAUCCCACAUAUGCAAGGAGAAGGUUUUUCCCAUAUUGGAGAUCAGUAUUACAAGCCCGGUUUCCUUUUAAGGUGUAUCCAACCUAUGCAAGAACAGAUGCUAGGUCUGUGCUUGAUAUUGAACACCUCCACGCCUCUGUGAGAAACUCAAUGGCCAAUGGAUCUACUCCAACUCCUAUUAUAGUUGGUCCAGUGGGAAGAAUCUCACCACUUACAAGAAAUAAUCAACCCAGAAGACGCAUUAUCACUACUGCUACUGGUGCAUUGAAGCUCUUGAAGGCGCUAAAGUAG